GCCCCCCGCCAAUCACGCAGCUUGUCUGUCACCACUUUACCACUUAUCAAAGCUUCCCAAGCUGUCUGUAAAUUCUCUCCACAAUCCACAAUCCACAACCCACAAUCCCUUCCAAAGAAGAUGGGUAAGGAAGACAACCAAGGAGAAGAGUACCUCUUCAAGAUUGUCCUAAUCGGCGACUCCGCGGUCGGAAAAUCGAACCUCCUGUCUCGAUUCUCGCGAGACGAGUUCGACACGAACUCGAAGGCGACAAUCGGGGUGGAGUUCCAGACGCAGCUGGUGGAGAUCGAAGGGAAAGAAGUGAAAGCUCAGAUCUGGGACACUGCCGGUCAGGAGAGGUUUAGGGCCGUCACUUCUGCUUAUUACAGAGGUGCUUUCGGUGCUCUCAUUGUCUACGACAUCACCAGAAGCUCCACUUUCGAGAGCGUUAAGCGUUGGCUUCAGGAACUCAACACUCAUUGUGACACAGCAGUGGCACAAAUGCUAGUUGGGAACAAGUGUGAUUUGGAGGAUAUAAGAGCUGUGAGUGUGGAAGAAGGGAAGGCUCUCGCAGAGGAAGAAGGAUUGUUCUUCAUGGAGACAUCUGCUCUCGACGCUACGAACGUUGACAAGGCCUUUGAGAUUGUUAUCAGAGAGAUCUUCAGUAAUGUUAGCCGUAAACUUCUCAACUCUGAUGCUUACAAGGCUCAGCUUUCGGUUAACCGUGUCAGUCUUGUUAACAACAGUGAUGGCGCCCAGAGCUCUUCUUGUUGCUCCCGAUGAUUUAAAAAUCAAUUUCUUUUGCAUGUUCUUGUUUGUUUUUAUCAGAGAAAAAACAUAAUUAAGGUUAUAUUUAUCAGUUCGGACUUAUACAAGACUUGCAAUAUGUUGUUUUUUGUUGGCA